CAAGCUAUCGAUACGCUUCAAAACAGGAAUCGAUACGUGUCCAAUAAUAGUCCUAAUUUGCCCCCAGAAUGCCAGAAAUAAGUCAGUUUAGGAAUUCCGUCGUUAGUUAAGUUGUUUUGAUCUUUUCGCGCCACUUUUACGUAAACUACUAGCAUUAGCCUAGAAGAAGUUAACUCAAGAGCAUCACGGAAACUUAAGAAAAAUAGUAUUUUAGAAGGGUCUUUUUUGAUUGAUAAACAUGAAAGAAAUCACUGAAGCUUGUGGAUCAGAAGCAGAGAGGAAGCUUUCAUCACCGCCUUCUGCUAAAUGGCCAAGGAUUGAUUCAGGAGACCUCAGUGUGAAUAGCAGGGCUGACUCACCUUUGAAAGUAAAACAUUUGACACCAGUUGAUCUGCAGAAGUUUGGUGGCCUCACCUGGGAAUCAGAGUUUGAGGAUUUUCACACGAAAUCUUGUGAUGAAACAGUAGCUGUUGCCUAUGCUCUGCACACGUCUGCCGCCCACAGCAACGACUCACACACAGGGUCCUCCGAAGGAAGUUUUAUCAUUUAUGAGGGACACCAAGCUCCAAUGCAGAGAACUGAGCAUCCACUCGUUCCCGACACAGAAAAGUUCAAGUUUCCUCAAAAAGAUUAUUCAGGUGGGCCUCCCACUUCAGUCAACACUUACUCACCCAGCUCUCUGGUCCACAAGCAGCAGAGGAAAUCACUUGAAUGUGCCUCUCCUGGCAGCUGCAGUUUUCUCACUGGAAGUGAUGAGGAAGGGACACAGGUGCAGACUAACAUCGGCCAAACGCUAGCAGUAGCUCUUAGUUCAGGCCGGUUUGAUUGCGCCGAUGAUGCAGUAGGUGUCGAAGGUCUCUGUGAAACGUGGAGCCAAUUUGCAGAAGUCGAGGAGGGUAAUCUGGAGGAAAAGGAGCAUGAUUUCAUCGAGAAUAUUCCUUCCACAGCAGUUGUCUCUAAGCUUGAGGAGGCUGUGUUUGAGAAUCUAACGAAAGGUGAAAAAAAGGACAAGGAAUUAGAAAUAUGGAUUUGUAAAAGUGAAUAUCCUUUAACCGUGAAGGAAAUCAUCAUCUGCUCUCCUGACGUAUCUGUCGAGGGAUCGAUUCUACUUGAUGUUGGCAAGAAAAGCAUAGAUGAAAAGGUGUAUCCUGAUGUUAAUAACCAUGAUGAAGCUUUGAACGCAACUGACCCUGCAAUCAAGGUGGAAAUUGUCAACAGUUUUGAAUGGAUGCACACCUACUCAGGGAGCACAACUGAUCUGCUUCGUUUUGACUCAGACACCUUACAGAAGGUUCAGAAAUCUCCAGAGGAGAGUGACUUGCUCUGCAAGGAGGCAAACGAGGCCUCCUGUCAGUCGAUCGCACAAACACAGGCUUGUUUAGUUACAAUCUCUAGUUCCCUUGAUAUGAAUGGAAACCAAGGGAACUGUCAACCGCACUUUAGUCCCAGUGUUACCCCUGGUGGAAUACAAGAACCAGAAGACUUGAGUCCAAACGCGGCUGAGAACCAAACAGAAGAAAAAGAUAAAAAAUCAGAUAUGUCUAAGGAAAAGCUCCUGUCUACGAGUCAACAAGAUCGAUACAUCGCUAACCAGAUGGAGGGAGAAACUGUAAAAGAUGCAGGAGAACUUGGAAAAAACCAUGACCUUUUGUGUCCUCAACCAGCUAGCUCUGAUAUUUAUGUUAGUGAUAUGAGUGAAGAAAAAGAAGUAGUAUUAGAUGCUACAGAGGAAAUCAAAGCGGUUGGUUGUAAACGUUCGGAAGUGUCGGCAAACAACGGUGCGCUGAUGCCAGCUGACAGCAGAUCGAAUGUCUGUAAUGCAAGCAAGCAAGAACAAAGGUUGGAUUUUUCUUCCAAUGGCCAACACAGAUCAGAAUCAUCCUCGGCUGAAGGUGGAGAUCAGACUUUGGCCCUCGCUAUCCCGUCAGCAAGUGAUGCAGUUGUGCCUUGUCAGCUGGAUUUAAGCCCGUUGCAAAGCAGACACCCAACCACAGCCCUUCCCCACCAGGACAGAUGUUCCUUGCUUUCCUUCUCUGUCUGCAGCCGUGCGGUGGGGGGAUUUGACACUUUUGAAAAGGUCCAUCUCUCAUCAGAUGAUGAGGAUGAUGCUUGCCUUAUCUACGUCCCACCACAGCCGCUAAAAGCCACCCCUCCACUCCUCCCCUACAUGCUAGUGGAUGAGAGUGCCUGUCCAGAGGAUUUACUCCUAAAGAACUUAAAUGAAGAGGAGGUGAAAAGAGUCAAGAUUAACCGUGAAAACAGUGUAACCAGAUCUGACUGCAAGGGUUUCACACACAAUGAAGCCCCACAGAUCAUCUCAGCUCCGGAAAAGCCAAAGCUGCAGCCUGAUGGUGGGUCAGCCUGUGAGAGCAGCCAAUCAAAGACGCUUCCCGCUGAGAACGACACUCCCUCCUGCAUCAAUACGAGCCCCUGCACCGACUUUGACAUGACAGAGCACUUCAGCAAGGUCCUGAAGGAGCUGAACUUGUUUUUUGACAUCAGUUGCAGUGAUUUUGCACAGCCACCUUCACCAGACCAGUACGUUACUGAUCCAUUGGAGAACAGCGUGUUAGAACCGAAACAGGACCUGAACAGACCAGAACCAGACGACUUCAGAGCCCCUUCAACAGGUGAAGAUGCCAGCGUUAAAAUAUACGAGCACGACUCCGUCGACGCUGUCAGCAGUGACACCGAGCAAGAAGUGCCUCUGAACACACACCUGUGCCAGGAGGUUUCCACAGAUGCUCCAGAGAAACCCUCAGAACCAGCAGAGAUCAAGCAGAAAACGUGGUCUUCAUCCCUCAUGUAUCCUCCUUUCUCUGAACAUGCGAGUCACAGAUCUUCAGAGUCACCCCGGAGGCUGGAGCCGCUGAAAACCUGCACGCGUCCGAUCCGGGUUGGACUCUCGAAACGAGCCAAGACCAAACACCUGCACCACUCGCACCCCUACUAACGAGCGCAGGAGGCGUGUGCAGGAGCAAGCAGACCGCCUCUACUGCAGCUCCUUAGGUUGAACUGCUCAUUAUUUGCUGUGUAUUCACUCAGGUUUUGUGUUCAUCAGCUCCGGUUUCAAGCUUAAAACAGUUCAAGAUUUCUUAAAAGUGGAGUCUGUGGAUUUUACUUCCAACUAUUUGAGUGGGAACCAUACAUGUUUUUGUGAUUCCUCUGUGUUUGCAGCAUUUUAUAUAUUUUUCUAUUUAUCUGUACAUACAAUCUAUUAUUUAUUUGUAACAUGUAUUAACUGUAUCUUUACAUAUAUUUAAAUUAAUUUAUUUGAAUAAAACUGUGUUGUUUCACAAAUAUUAACAUCUAGUUCAGAUUUCCUUUAGAUUUGAGCUUUUAUAGUUCCUGUAUUGGUGCAAUAGGCCUAAAUACAGCUGAAAAUGUAUUAUUAUAGUUCUAUGACUUUAGAUUUUAUGAUUCAUGUUAAAGAAAAGGUUUAAAAAUGUUAUUCAGAGUUCAAAUAAAAAUUUCACCAGCCUCCUAAGAAAUAUA